AGAUCACUCUCUCUCUCUUACUCGUAAUUUAAACUCUUUAAUGUGCCUGAAAUGUAAGGAAUAUAGAAAGACAAAGCAGAGUAGAAGAUAAACUCCUUUCUUUCCUCCUAAUCAAGCUGUUGAAGGAUUCAGUGACGUUGAAAAGUUCAGCAUCUAUUUUAGUUCUGCUUUAUAUAGCGAGAGCUUAACUUGGAUAAACGACUGGAGCUCGGCAGCAUAGCUCCAAGUCAAAAGGUUAUUUUCAUGUUUCCAGCUGGAUGCUUCAUGUUGCAUGUUGGUUUUAUCAUGUUAGAUGAGAGAAACUGGAACAACACUUCCAGAACCUUAAGAGCUCAUAGUUACAUAGAAAAAUGAUAGUAGAGGGUGAGAUGAGUUCCAAUGUGUCAGAGACGGACAGCCCUCCAGAGAUGGACCCUACAUGGACCACCACCAUCCUGGUGGUUCCCUGCGUUGUGGUGCUAACCGCUGGAUUUUUUUACCUCUAUGGCGCCAUAAUCAGUCUGCUGUCUAAAACAUCCGUACGGAAUAAGGUGGUGGUAAUAACGGACGCUUUAUCUGGGCUGGGAAAAGAGUGCGCAGGUGUUUUCCACAGAGGAGGAGCCAGGCUGAUCCUCUGUGGGAAAAGCUGGGAGAAGCUGGAAGAACUUGCAGAUGGACUGGAAAACGCUUCAGAUCCUACAGCAACUUUCCCUCCAAAGCUCGUGCUGCUGGACUUUGGAGACAUGGACAGCAUGGCGGCGGCGGUGGCUGAGGUUCUGGACUGCUACGGCUGCUUGGACAUCCUCAUCUUCAACAGCAGCAUGAAGGUCAAGGCUCCGGCGCAGAGUCUGUCUCUGGAGACGGACAAGCUCCUCAUGGACAACAACUACUUUGGACCCAUCACUUUGGCUAAAGGUGUGCUGCCCUCCAUGGUCUCCAGGAGGAGCGGUCACCUGCUGCUGGUCAACAGCAUCCAGGGGAAAAUCGCCGUGCCUUUCCGCACCGCGUACGCAGCUUCCAAACAUGCAGUCCAGGCGUUUUUUGACUGCCUGAGAGCCGAGGUGGAGGAGUUCGGCGUCUCCGUCAGCACCGUCAACCACACCUUCAUCAGCUGCUCCGCGGCGCCGGCGCCGGCCUCGACGUCCCUGCUGUGGCCCUUGCUGUUCAGCAGGAAGCCAGGCGGCGUUUCUCCAGACGAGGUCGCCGCUGAGAUCAUCAGGACGCUGAACAACAAGAGGAAAGAAGUGCUAAUCGCUCCCUCGCUUCCCAAGAUGGCCAUUUAUGCCAGAUCGUUCUUCCCCAACGUUUUCUUCGCUGUGAUGGCUGCAGGCGUGAAAAACUCUGCUGCCUCUGAGAACAUGUGAAGAUCAGCGACCUUUUAAUUAAAGUUAUUAACAAUUUAUGGCUGAAAAUGACAUGAAAUCGUUUUACCACUCUGAGACGACCUGCUCCAUCCUGACAUCAUUAACCCUCGUUUAGAAUCCGGUCUGAUCAUUGGUCUGAUUUAGGGGAGGUUCUCCUGCUUUAAUUUCUAGCUUGUUAUUGCUAUUAUGAUGUAAUAACUGCCUUUACUGUUUGGUGUCUCAAAUAAGAAUAAUGUAAAAAUGCUGCUCAGCAUUUUGUGUAAAAUGGUUCAACUGGUUCCCAUCAUUUAUGUCUAUUUUUACCUUGACUGGGUACAAACAUGAUUCAUAUACACUGCAAGUAUUUAAACUAAACAUACGUUACAACUUUCUCAGAUUGCAAAAGAUAAAUGAAGGUGAUGAAAAUUAAAUCUUAUCAAAUGUAUUUAAGAUAACUAAAUAAAUCUCUAAAU